CCACUUUGUAUUCAUCAAAUCGCAGUGCAGGAUCCGGUCCUCUUUCUGCCCGUUAGCUGUCCCCGGUAGCCGCUUCUUAAUUUGACUCCUGUCUGUUUAAUUUACAGGUAACAUUUAGGCUAAUCAUGUCGGUGUUCAGUGAGGUUCCCCAGGCAGCUCCUGUCGCUGUUUUCAAGCUAACGCAGGAUUUCACUAACGACCAGUCUCCACAGAAAGUCAACCUGGGAGUAGGAGCAUACCGGACAGAUGAGGGCAAGCCAUGGAUUUUGCCAGUGGUGAAAAAAGUCGAGAAGCUCAUUGUUCAGGAUGAUAGCCUGAACCAUGAGUACCUCCCUAUCCUGGGCCUGCCUGAGUUCAGGUCCUCUGCCUCUAAGAUUGCACUGGGAGAUGACAGCCCUGCUAUCCAUGAGAAUAGGGUGGGAGCUGUUCAGUGUCUGGGAGGCACAGGUGCAUUGAAGAUGGGCGCUGAGUUCCUCCGGCGUUUCUACAAUGGAAAUAACAACACCAAAACACCCGUCUAUGUAUCUGCACCUACCUGGGAAAAUCACAAUGCUGUAUUUGCCAACGCUGGCUUUGAGGAUGUCCGUCCAUACAAAUACUGGGAUGCGGAGAAGAGAGGUCUCGAUUUGGCAGGUUUCCUUGGUGACUUGGAGAGCUGUCCAGAACGCUCCAUUUUUGUUCUCCACGCCUGUGCCCAUAAUCCAACUGGCACAGACCCCACCCAGGAGCAGUGGAAGCAAAUUGCUGAAGUUAUGAUGAGGAGGAAGCUGUUUGUGUUUUUCGACUCAGCUUAUCAAGGAUUCGCUUCAGGCAGUCUAGAGAAGGAUGCCUGGGCCGUCCGCUACUUUGUCUCCUUGGGCUUUGAGAUGUUCUGGGCCCAGUCCUUUUCCAAGAACUUCGGCCUCUACAAUGAGCGUGUUGGCAAUCUGACCGUCGUGGCUCGUGAUGCAGACAACCUCAAGCGAACUUCCCAAAUGGAGAAGAUCGUCAGGACGACCUGGUCCAACCCACCGUCUCAGGGAGCUCGCAUCGUCGCCGUCACUCUGAACUCACCUGAACUCUUUGCCGAAUGGAAAGACAAUGUGAAAACCAUGGCUGACAGGGUGUUGUUGAUGAGAGCUCAGCUGAAAGCCAAGCUCCAGGCUCUGGGGACACCAGGGACCUGGGACCACAUCACAGAGCAGAUCGGCAUGUUUAGCUUCACUGGUCUCAACCCCAAACAAGUGGAAUAUAUGGUGAAUGAGAAGCACGUCUACUUGAUGGCCAGCGGUCGCAUCAACAUGUGCGGUCUGACCACCAAGAACAUCGACCAUGUAGCUCAGUCCAUCCAUGAAGCUGUCACUAAGGUCCCAGUAGAAAAAUGCACUAUUACCCACAAUCCCUCAGGACUUCAGCCUGCCUGGCCCUGAACCAUCUUAAUCUUAAAGACACAGUUUUUAUCCAGCAGAUUUCCUGGGGUUGACAUAAAAACUAGUUCUGUGGCCCCGUUUUCCCGAUGCUGUCAGUGUUUGUGCUAAACUAGGUUAAACACAUCCUGGAACUGUUUCUUUACUGAGUGCACAAAGUUGGUUUAUACAUAUCCUUACAUCUAACCCCAAUAAGACAAAAACACAGAAUUAACUCCGAUAUGAGAGUGAAUCUGUUAAGUAAUUAUGUUAUAAUGAGUCUUAUUUGUGUUGAUCUUGUAUCUAUAGUUUUUUAGUUUGACAUUCAUGUGGUGCAUUCUUCCAACAGAAACCCCUGCACAGUCUCCAGUGUUUUAUCAAACAUUCCAAUGCUUUUACACUUUUAUUUCACCUGCAUCCAUUAACAUUUACGGUUAAUACUUGAGAACACUUGAAAAAUGCGACCAAUGUAUGUUUUACCAAUAGAAAGCACGACACCACUUCUGUCAUAAAUCAAGUAGCUGAAAUGAAGUGUGAAACUGCCUCAGGAAGAUAAUUUAACUUGAACUUUGUAAUGUAUUAGAGAUAAGUCUCUCGCCCAGAGGGUUUAUAAUAAUUACCUCUCAUGUAAUCUCUGUUCACCGAGUCUGUCUCUCCAGUUUGUGUUCCUUGGCCACAAACGGACUGUGAACUUUCCUAACAGGAGCUGAGACUCCAGACUAACGUCAGCAGCGUUUUCUGCUGCCAGAUGAAUCCUGAUGCUUCCAGUUCUGCCUGGCAGAUGUAUCUGCAAGUGAAUGUUGAUUUUUACACAGUGAUUAUUUGAAGCACUAGCACACUCUUAAAUACGACCUUUGUGUCAACGGUACAAACACUAAUGAUCAACCGUUUGCUGUCAUAUCACUUUGCACAAAAGCCCCAGUUUACUGUGUAGAACAUGAACAUGAACAGAACAUGUACUGGUACUAGAGUCUGAUGAAGUGAAUUUGAAUAAAUAUCUAUACUGUGA